GCAGUAAUAAUUCUAUAGUUUAGUGACGUCAUGUCAAGAUCUUUAGUCUAUGAACUGACGACGGAACUACUGAGUACUGACUUCUAACCACAACGUUCGACAAUAAUAAAAUCGACGACUAUAAAAAAAAAGGUUAGGUUAUAGUGACUGAGAAAAUUGUUUUUAAUUAUUAUUUGAUGUACCAUAUUGAACACUAUGGACGAUGCCAUACAGCACUUGGAACAAGUCGUGACUAACAUCGAAAAAAGAAUAGACACUUUAAGUUGGAAAAUAAAAAAAUUCGAACGGGUUCUAUUUUCAGAAAACGAAACAUCCCACUCGUGUAAAAUGAUGUCCAUGAUGGCCAAUUUAGAAGAAACAUGCCGUAAAUAUAAUGAAAUAAUAUUAUUGGUGACCGAACAUAAAAAUCAACAAAAUGCAUUCACUGAUACAUUACAACUUCAAGUAAAUUUAGUAAAAAGCAAAGUCGAAACUUUAAGAGCAAUUAUGACAAAAGGAAGAACAAUUGAGCUAUAGCUUAAUAAACUAAUAAUUAUUGAUAUAUAAAUAAAUAGGAGUAAGGAAAGAUAAAUUUUUAAUAAUGUUUAUAUUUUUUUAUUUUUUUGUA